AUGCGUCCGGGGCUCGUUAGAUUGGGGCUUCGAGGGCUUGCUAGAUUGGAGCGGCCGACUGUGUCGAAUGAUGGUGGCGGCUGUAGUUGUUUUCCUAGCAAGUUGGGCAGUUCGAGUGGAGUUGAAAAUCUCAACCGGGAUUGGAGAAAUUCGCGGCCGGAGGUCCUCAAAGGAGGUGCGGCCGAGGAUUGUGGAUGA